AUGUCACUAUUGCCAAUCAUCUUACUGGCAUCCACUGCUUAUGGAUAUGCAAACCCUGGCUUUUGUUCAGGGAUUUGUAAUGUCCAUGACCCGGCUGUGAUCCGUAGAGAGUCCGAUGGAAUAUACUUUCGUUUCUCAACAGGAAACAAAAUUUCCUAUGCUUCUGCAUCUGAAAUUGAAGGGCCAUGGACAGCGAUUGGGUCUAUGUUACCAAGUGGAUCUUCAAUUGAUAUUGAUGGGUAUGACGAUCUUUGGGCCCCAGACGCCAACUUCGUUGACGGUUUUUACUACGUCUUUUAUUCAGUUUCGACAUUUGGAUCACAGGAAUCGGCUAUUGGCCUUGCAACAUCACCUACCAUGGAUCUCUACUCCUGGACUGACCAUGGCCGAGUGGGGAUUGAUUCUUAUUAUGGAGAUGUGUAUAAUGCUAUUGAUGGUAAUCUAUUCCUGGAUGCGACAAAGACUUCAGGGUCUUCCUCACACAACAUAGCGUAUGAUCCAUCGGGAGAUCACGCUGAGGAAGGGUCAUACUUAUAUAAGUAUGGUAGUUACUAUUAUUUGUUCUAUUCGGCUGGAAUUUGCUGCGGAUAUGACACAUCGAUGCCGGCCUCUGGAGAGGAGUAUAAAAUCAAGGUUUGUCGUUCAACAUCGGCAACAAAAGGCUUUGUUGAUGCCAAUGGUGUCGCUUGUACUGAUGGCGGUGGAACAAUCGUGCUAGAGAGCCAUGGAACAGUGUAUGGUCCUGGCGGCCAAGGUGUAUUUACCGAUCCUACCCUAGGUCCUGUUUUGUAUUAUCAUUAUGUUGACACUACAAUCGGGUAUGCCGACGACCAGAAGUUGUUUGGAUGGAACAGCAUUGAUUUUUCAACUGGAUGGCCCGUUGUCUAA